AUGUCCAGAGCUCUCGGAUACUCCGUCCUGGCAGUCGCCGCCGCCGCCGUUGGCUACUGCGUCUACUUCGACUACGCCAGAAGAAACAACCCAGACUUCAGAAAGAAGAUCGUCAAGAACAAGAAAAGAGCAGCCAAGAAGGCCAAGCAGGAGGCCGAGGCCGACAAAAAGCAGAAACUGGAGGCUCUCAAGGAGAAACUCAACCAGUCGCUCGCAGACGAGCCGCUGCCUAAGGACGCUGCCGAAAAGGAGAAAUUCUUCAUGACCCAGGUCACCAUCGGCGAGCAAAUGAGCGCUCUCGAGGGCAAGGACAUCGAGGCUGCCAUCCACUUCUACAAAGGCCUCGCCGUCUACCCUAACCCGACCGGAAUCCUGGACAUCUACCAGAGAACCAUCCCAGAACACAUCUACGAGCUGAUCAUGAUGCUCACCGCCAUCCAGCCUCCGGCAAGCGUGAUGAACGUUCUGCAAGACAGCAUUCCGUCGCUCGACCAGGAUUAG